GUCAACGUGACUACAAGUGUCAAAAUUUGUAAUUUUUCGUACUUUUUUUUAUAGUAAAUAUUUAUUUUCGUAAUGCUUUACAACGGUCGUGUGUGUGCCAAUUUAAUUUUAUAGUAGUGAGAGUAUGUUCAUGUUUAACAGAAGAAGGAAUUACUAUACAAUUUCAGGACGUACAAUAGGGAAGGUUAUAAAGCGCAGUAUCGAGACGGAUGCCUUCGGAACAGAAUAUCGAACUAGGACAUGUGUCUUCCAACACGGCCACCGGCAACAAUUCCACAGAUUCCGGACCCCGAGGUGACCAGGCCGGCAAUCUUGACCCUCCAGAUGCAAACGAUGGGAACUUGUCUUCGACCCUCGACAGAGACACGGAGACGUCGGGUGGUCAAAGAACCGAUGGUGAUCAACGGGUGAUAUUCCUCAAUCGGGUGCAGCCGGCGGUUUCGAAAUUUUGCAAAAAUUUCGUCUCUACCGCCAAAUAUAGCAUUCACACCUUCAUACCGCUGUUUCUGUUCGAGCAAUUCCGAAGAUGGGCGAAUUGCUUCUUUCUGUUGAUGGCGUUGCUGCAGCAGAUACCGGACGUGUCUCCGACGGGCAAAUACACCACGCUAGUGCCUCUCGUUUUUAUACUGACAGUGUCCGCUGUGAAGGAGAUCGUCGAGGAUUUCAAAAGACACAGGGCUGACGAUGAAAUCAACAAUCGAACGGUGGAGGUGCUGCGACAGAACCGUUGGGUGACGGUGAAAUGGAAGAACAUCAUCGUCGGGGACGUGGUGAAAGUGUUGAACAACACGUUUUUCCCGGCCGAUUUGGUGCUGUUGUCUUCUAGCGAACCGCAAGGUAUGAGUUUCAUCGAAACGUCGAAUUUGGACGGGGAAACGAACCUGAAGAUCCGCCAAGCGCUGUCCAGUACCGCAUCUAUCACGAAUACUCCGGAUUUGAAGCAAUUAACCGGUACUAUCGAAUGCGAGCCGCCCAAUCGGCAAUUGUACGACUUCAAGGGCGUCAUCAGGCACAACAACAGAUCUCCGGAGGCGCUGGGGCCCGAUCAGGUGCUGUUGAGGGGCGCCCUGCUGCGCAACACCUCCUGGAUAUUCGGCGUGGUGAUUUACACCGGUCACGAUACGAAGUUGAUGAAGAAUUCCGCUCUGGCGCCUCUGAAGCGCUCCAACGUUGAUCGAAUGACCAACACGCAGAUCCUCCUGUUGUUCGGAGUGUUGUUUCUCAUGUGCGUCAUUUGUUCUAUAUUUAAUAUAUUUUGGACCAAUAAACACACCAAGACUGAUUGGUAUAUCGGUCUGAAAGAUGUACAACAGAGCUAUUUUUACACUUUCAUAACGUUUCUGAUUUUGUUCAACAACUUGGUGCCCAUAUCUCUGCAAGUCACGUUGGAGUUGGUGCGGUUCAUUCAGGCGAUUUUCAUCAAUAUGGACAGGGAAAUGUACCAUGCGGAAACCGACACGCCCGCCAUGGCGAGAACUUCCAAUUUGAACGAGGAAUUGGGCCAAAUCAAGUACAUUUUUUCGGACAAAACUGGCACGCUUACCAGGAACAUUAUGGAAUUCAAAAAAUGCGCCGUGGGACAAAACGUUUAUCCUCUCACCGAUAACAUGGAAGAUUGCAUGCUAGUCAAACACUUGAAAUCGGAUCACAAGAACGCGGCGCUGAUCAGAGAGAUGCUGGUCCUCUUAUCGAUCUGCCACACGGUCAUACCGGAGAAACCGCCCGACGAGGAGAUCAUCUACCACGCCGCCUCGCCCGACGAGCGCGCCCUCGUCUACGGCGCCAGCAAAUACGGCUACGUGUUCCACAGCAGGACGCCCGAGUACGUCGAAAUCGACGCCUUGGGCACCAAGGAAAAGUACGAAAUCCUGGCCGUGCUCGAGUUCACCUCAUCCAGAAAGCGGAUGAGCGUCAUCGUCAAGGAUCCCAACGGCAAGAUCAAGUUGUACUGCAAAGGGGCGGAUUCGGUGAUCUUCGAGCGAUUGGAUCACAGCGCCGGAGCGCAGGAAUACAAGGCGGUGUUGCUGCAGCAUCUCGAAGGCUUCGCCAGUUCGGGUUUGAGGACGUUGUGUUGCGCCUACGUCGAUUUGAAGGAGAGCGACUACGAAAUUUGGAGGGAACAAUUCGCUAAAGCUUGCAUUUCCAUCCAACACAGAGAAGAAAAAGUGGAAGAAGCCGCCAAUUUGAUCGAGAGAAAGUUGAAAUUGAUCGGAGCUACGGCGAUCGAAGAUAAACUACAAGAAGGCGUGCCCGAAACGAUCGCCAGUCUCCUGCAAGCCGAUAUCAGCGUGUGGGUGUUGACGGGCGAUAAGCAGGAGACCGCCAUCAACAUCGGCUAUUCCUGUCGAUUGCUCUCGCACGGCAUGCAGGUGAUCAUUCUCAACGAGGACAGUCUCGACGCCACCAGGGAGUCGAUACUGAAAAAUUGCGAGGACAUCGGCGAGAACUUGGGCAGACAGAACGAAAUCGCUCUGAUCAUCGACGGCAAAACGCUGACGUACGCGUUGAGUUGCGAAUUGCGAAACGAUUUUCUCAAAUUGUGCACGUCCUGCAAGGCCGUCAUCUGUUGCAGGGCGUCGCCCAUACAGAAAGCCGAGGUGGUAGAACACAUGAGCAAAUACACGAAAUCCAUCACGUUGGCCAUCGGAGACGGCGCCAACGACGUGCCGAUGAUCAGGAAGGCCCACGUGGGCGUCGGCAUAUCGGGCGUGGAGGGUUUGCAGGCCGCAUGCGCGAGCGACUACAGCAUUGCCCAAUUCAGGUUUCUGCUCAGGCUGCUGCUCGUGCACGGAUCGUGGAACUAUUCCAGGAUAUGCAAAGUGAUCCUCUACAGUUUCUACAAGAACAUCUGUCUGUACGUGAUCGAAUUCUGGUACCAGAUCUACGCCGGCUGGUCGGGCGAGAUAAUCUUCGAACGUUGGACGAUCGCCUUGUACAACGUGAUGUUCACGUUCCUGCCGCCGAUGGCGAUGGGCCUCUUCGACAAACCCUGCGGCGCCGACAAGAUGACGCAGUACCCGCAAUUGUACAAACCGUCGCAGAACGGCGAGCUGUUCAACAUCAAGGUGUUUUGGAUAUGGAUCAUGAACGGCAUCUUCCAUUCGGCCCUGCUCUUUUGGAUAUCGCUGUUGACCAUCGAUCACGACGUCGUCUGGAUGAACGGCAUGGACGGCGGUUAUUUGAUGCUCGGAAAUUGCAUUUAUACCUAUGUGGUCAUUACGGUGACGUUAAAGGCCGGUCUGGUGAUGAACUCGUGGACUUGGCUGACGCAUUGCGCCGUUUGGGGAUCCAUAUUGUUGUGGUUUGUGUUCGUUGUGAUCUACAGUUACUUUUGGCCGGUCAUUCCGUUCGGGGCCGUCUUCUUGGGCAUGUUCGUGUUGAUGUUCACGUCGAGCAUAUUUUGGCUGGGUCUAUUCUUCGUGCCAACGAUUUCCUUGUUGCCAGAUUUCACUUUUAAAAUUAUACACGGAACGAUAUUCAAAUCGCUGACGGACGUGAUACGAGAGAGCGAAAUCAAGAAGAGCGAUCCGCAGGUGUACAGGGGAGAGGCGAAAAAUUCACUGUCUGAAACUGCCCGGCUGCUGAGGAACGUCUUCACCAGGAGGUGCACUGCUCCGAGGAUAGAGCAGGACGUUGAGUUAUCACAUGGCUUCGCUUUUUCUCAAGAAGAAGGAGGAGCGGUGUCGCAAUCAGCAGUUAUAAGAGCUUACAACACCAAUAUACCGAAACCUGAUGGGAUGUAAAUGAAUUAUAGCAUAGGAAAAGAUUUGAAAAAUACGUAGGUGUACUUAUAAUAUUUGUUUGUAAAGGAAUCAAACGAGGGGCGUAAGAGAAUUUGCGUCUUUUUAAGUCAAAUAUUUUGUUACACCGCUCGUUGUUUUACAUUUAAUUCUAAGUCAAAUUUUACUUACAUAUUUUCGACCUUAAAUUAAGUUGUAAAUGAAGAUGCAAAAUUUUUAAGUUAUUAAUUUAUGUGUACAAUUUUUUAUUACCUCUUUAAUUACAUAUUUAAUUGUUAUGUACAUCAGAGUUUAUCGUUUUUUUAAAUAAAGUUAAUCCAUA